UGCUUUUAAAGGCCGGGCUGGGGGGCUGCUGUGACCCCCGCAGCAGCAGGAGGAGGAGGCUGUUUUCCUGUUGCUCCGUCAGGCCGGUCCACUGUGAUGAGGAGGGAACAAUCACCGCUGUGUUAUGACAUUACAUAAUGUCUGCUCCCAAGAAACAAGAGGGGUGGAGGGGGCCUCAGCAGCUGCACAUGCUCUGUCUCUCCCUGCAGACGCUUAUGGAAAUGAUCCGCGGCUCGAGGUCAUGUGGGCGAUGAAGGCGUACAACCACGCAGAGGUUUACUUCAAUCUUAUCUCAUCAGUGGAUCCAAAGUUCCUGAAACUGACAAAGCUGGACGACAAAAUCUACUCGUCCUUCAGAGAAACCUUUAAAGAGCUCGACAUAAAGCUGCUGAACCCAGACAACCUGAAAUCUGACGAGGCCAAAGAGAGGUGGCGUCCGUUCUGUAAUCAGUUUGAGGGACUCGUCGAAGAUUUCAACUAUGGCACUCUGCUCCGUCUGGACUGUGAGAAAGAUUACACAGAGGAGAACACCAUAUUUGCCACCAGGGUCCAGUUCUUUGCCAUCGAGAUCACCCGCAACAGAGAGGGUUACAAUGACACUGUGUACAAGUCCAAGUGUGCAAAGAGCUAGCCUCCAAAUAAACCAGGACCACAUCCAGCCCCCCAGACCUUCACCAGGGGAGACCAGGACUCCAGGAAACACAAACUGUCAAACUCUGCCUCUCCUGAGGAUUCACCUGCUCAAUUUAACUUCCAGUUAUGUUUAUUUUUUGGUUUCAUUCUGAUUAGAACCUGGUUCUUCCCUCAGUAUCGUCUGUUAAACAUUUUGUAUUUACUGUAAAGUUCUAUUGUGCCAAUCAUCAAACGUGGUUGUUUGUUUUUUAAUAACUCUGUAGUUGCAGAUAUUUUUUUUUCCUGAAACCGAGGAAACAACAAAUAAAGAGUCAGAUAUGGUG